AGAGAGAGAGAGAGAGAGAGAGAGAGAGAGAGAGAGAGAGAGAGAGCGCGAGCGAGAGCACCUGCGAACUGCAGCGAAGCGCAUCGCGAUGCAUAGAUGCAGACGCUUUGUACCUGAUGUGAAUUUGCGCGUUUUAUUUUUCUCCAUUACAAUGUCCUAUAUUAAUUAAGUUAGUCAGGCUUGGAUUUGUUUGGCUGGACUUUAAAGAUAAGAUGAAGUUUAACGGUUAUCUGAAGUUGCGCAUCGGCGAGGCGGUGGACCUGAAACCCACGACCACCUCGAUGCGCCACGCCGUGAUGUUCAACAAAUCGAGCCAAACUCUAGACCCGUACAUCGUAGUGAAAGUGGACGAGUAUAAGAUCGGACAGACAAACACUAAGCAGAAAACUAACAUGCCCACUUAUAACGAGGAGUUCUCCGUUAAUGUGAACGACGGAAAGCACGUAGAGUUAGCUGUUUUUCAUGACGCACCGAUCGGGUACGACGACUUCGUGGCCAACUGCACCAUCCAGUUUGAUGAUCUGAUGAAAAGUACAAACACAGAGGAGUCCUUUGAAGGAUGGGUUGACCUUGAACCUGAGGGUAAGGUUUACAUCCUUGUUACUCUCACAGGUUCAUUUACAGAUGAUGAUGCUGCAGGAAGCACUCGCCCCUAUAAGGAAUUCAAUCGAAAGCGGCAACAGGCAGUACGAAGGAGAAUCCACCAAGUCAAUGGACACAAGUUCAUGUCCACUUUCCUAAAACAACCGACAUUCUGUUUCCACUGCAAAGAGUUCAUAUGGGGUGUAUUUGGGAAACAAGGAUACCAAUGUCAAGUGUGCACCUGUGUGGUACACAAGCGAUGUCAUCAGUUUGUGGUUACAGUGUGUCCACGCAUGAAGAAACCGGCAAAGGAACAGACUACAAAUCAGGGUUUCAGCAUAAACAUUCCACAUAAGUUCAGCAUCCACAAUUAUAAGGUUCCUACCUUCUGUGACCACUGUGGCUCUUUGCUGUGGGGCCUCGUACGGCAGGGACUACACUGCAAAAUUUGUAAGAUGAAUGUCCAUAUCCGCUGUAAGGGAAAUGUUGCACCGAACUGUGGAGUCAACAAUGUAGAACUGGCCAAUAAACUGGCAGAAAUGGGCCUCGAACCAGGAGGAAUGACCAAACGCAACACACUGGGUCCUGCAGGUCUGGACUUUCAUUCCCGAACACUGAGUGUAAGAGGAGAUCGAGGUGAAUCUAAACAAGAGCCGAGUCGAAAGCUGGGAAUCUCUAACUUCACGCUCCUGCAGGUGUUGGGAAAAGGCAGUUUCGGCAAGGUGAUGCUGGUCCGGUUAAACUGUUCUGAUUGGGUGUUUGCAGUGAAGGUAUUGAAGAAAGACAUCAUUCUUCAGGAUGAUGAUGUGGAGUGCACUAUGACAGAAAAACGAGUGUUAUCCCUCGCAUCUUCUCAUCCUUACCUCACUCAGCUCUACUGCUGCUUCCAGACACCGGAGCGUCUGUUUUUUGUGAUGGAAUUUGUGAAUGGAGGUGAUCUGAUGUUUCAUAUUCAGAAAUCCAGGAAGUUUGAGGAAAACAGAGCAAGAUUUUACACUGCGGAAAUUACAUCUGCACUCAUAUUCCUCCACAGCAAGGGAAUUGUCUACAGGGAUCUGAAGUUGGAUAACGUUCUGCUGGAUAAGGAUGGCCAUUGUAAACUGGCUGACUUUGGCAUGUGUAAGGAGGGAAUGUUUGAAGGUGUUGUCACGGGAACCUUCUGUGGAACCCCAGAUUACAUUGCUCCUGAGAUCCUUCAGGAGAUGCUGUAUGGGCCUUCGGUUGAUUGGUGGGCUCUCGGUGUGCUUCUGUAUGAGAUGCUAUCUGGCCACGCCCCCUUUGAGGCAGAAAAUGAGGAUGACCUUUUUGAGUCCAUCCUGAACGAAGAGAUCAUCUACGCGUCCUGGCUCAGCGCCAAUGCUAUUGACAUACUCAAAGCGUUUCUGAUGAAGAAUCCAUCUCGGCGUCUGGGUUGUGUGGUUGCAGACGGCGGAGAGAGUGCUGUUACUUGUCACCCAUUUUUCACUGGCAUUGACUGGGACAAACUUAACCGUCGGGAGCUAGAACCACCUUUCAAGCCCAGAAUUAAAACUGCAGAAGAUGUGAAUAACUUUGAUCCAGACUUCACCCAAGAGGAUCCCACUCUUACGCCUAUUGAUGACUGCCUCAUCCCCUCCAUCAGUCAGGACGAGUUCCGUGACUUCUCUUUCACCUCUCCUGAACUCUUGAAAGUGGUUUCUGAGACAGAGGGUAGAGGUGAAGAAACAUGCGAUGUCAUGGAACCAAACAAAUUGUGAUUGGAAACUUUUGGACGUUCUAAAAGAACAUGUAGGUACUGGCUUAUUGAAACAGGUUAUAGACUUGAAGUCCACUUCAGUGGUCUUGUCUGAGAAAACUAUGUUUUUUGGUCUGUGCCUAAACUGUAAGACUGUUAAGGCCAACGCUACUGCUUUAACAUGACAGUGUAAUUGUAUGUCAAUGUAUCUUUUGGUCAGAAGCAUCAUGAAGGAUGCAUUGUGAUCUCUAUGAGAGACUUUAUGUGCACUCUACACCAGAAGACACCAGUUUACAACUCUGUCCUUAAACAGUGGUGCUUAGCACAGCACCAUUGGAGAGCUGAUCAUAAACUGCUCUGCUCUAAAUUUCACUGAUCUUUUUGAUUUGCCCCAAGUGUUCAUUUCCAAAGGUUUAGAAGACUUGAUCUCUCUGCACUUGCUGAGUUUAACACAGCCAAAUUUGGAGCAACAGUGUCACUAUUUCAGUUUGCAUUGUUCUGCUGUCCUUCAACAUGGAAAAUUACACUCAGAAGAAUGUAUGAAUGGAAACUCUAGUUAUGUCUAAUUAUGUACACAUUUUUGUGUUACUCUGGGCCAUUUAUUGUUUUGUCUCUGUUUGUUUGGUAUUACAUUUCAGGCCAUAAUUUUAUUCAUGAUUUAGCCCCAAGUAUCUGUAGAUGUUUUUAUUGUUGAUAAAGGUUGCAGUAUUUGAGUGCUCUGCAUGUGACCUUCUGUGUCUGUGACUCCAUUAAAAUCCCUCGCUCCUGAGCUGAGGGGUUAAAAGGCUAAUACACUCAGAUGAGACUCUGACCCGUUUAAUUUUUUUUUUAAAUAAGGCCAGCGAUUCUUCCAUCUCAUCCUCAUAAUUCUUUACAGUCGCUUAUUUGGACUUUCUCAGUCCAGGCAGAGCAAAAUAUCUGUUGGUGUUUGUUUCCAUGUCAGUACAUACUGGUCACCAAUUUCCAGUAAUUACUUUUUGUGCAGUAGUUUCACAAUGUCUAUAAGGGCCAAAUUGGAAAGAGAGCAAGAGAGACAUUGUGUGCAGCCCCUAUCAAACUUUUCAAUGUACAAUACAGCCAGUGGCAUAACUAGAGGGAGGGCAGGGUGGGCAGCUGCCCAAGGACCCAGGAUGAGAGGGGGCCCGUAACGGUUGACCAAAAGAAACCAUAAAAAUGACUGUGGGCCAGAAGGAUGAUGAAAAAUGAUCAAGGUCCCCCAAGGAGGGACCCAACAGUUUCUUUGCACUAGGGCCUGCAAGAUCCAAGUUACGCCACUAAUACAGCACAUUUUCCAUUUAUGGUAGUGACUCAUCCUACAGUAAUUUCAUAGGGAAAUAGGGUUUUGUAUCCACUUAUGUUUUGUCAAAUAGCCAACUGUGGCUCUGGGGAAAAUUGGCCACAAUCUGUUGCCAUGUCACCAUUCUCGCGUUACUCCAAAUAUUAUUAUUAUGAUAAGAAACUAAACUCUGAACAGUAAUAAGGAUCAUUUGGAAUCCCCAUUAAGCUUAGAAAGGAUCAAAGCCACUCUCAUCCAGAAACAUCAAUAACGUAAGAACACUUUUAAAAGUACGUUCCCCAACUCUGCAAAUUAUUAAAUAGAACAAAUGUUUUAUCAGACUCGCAUUACUACACAAAGCCAUUUCUAACUCAAAAUGUUGACUAUUUCGAGACAAAAUCAAAUAUGCUAUGUAUUAGGGAUAUUUAAACUAAUAUGAUGGAUGAAAUAGACCAUGGAAAUUGUACAACUCAGUCUGUUGCAUAUUUGUAGUGCAACCUCUGUGUGUUACCUGUAAAGCUGGCACUUGCAUUUCAAUGGCAAAAAAGUCAGAAAAUGCAAUGAAGAACACAAGUGAGGGGAGUCUCUAUUCACCUAUUAUCCAUACUAAAUAUAAUGUGAAAAGAACAACGUGUCAGCUGAAGGAGAGUUUGUCAUAAAAAUGUUGAUCUUAACUUUUGGGAAGUAGAAUACACCUGGACACAGCAGGAGGACUGAAAAGUGUGAAGUGUAGCAGAAUAAAAAUAAAUUUCUAAUGGUAUCUGAUCUUUUCUGUUUUUAUUUUCUGUUUAAUUUUAUGGGCAUUAUUAAAUGUUUUAAUAUUACCAUUUAUUAAA